GGGGCGGCCACUUGUUCCGCUAGAACAUGCAGUCGGGACAGCCGAGAGGGUCAUACCCGCAGUCCGCAACCCCGUCUGCGAAGGCGGUGAAGGCUCUGACUAACGUCGUGAAGCCGGGGUCCAUCGCCAAGAUCACGUCUGACGGCUUCUCCAGCAAGAGAAUAGCUGCGACGGAGGCGGCGGCCGCCAAAGUAAAGGCGGGCGCGAAGGCCGGGUCCUGGAGGGGGCACCGUGGUGCCGUCUCCGGAGUCGGGGUGGACACCGUCAACAAGACCAUGGUGUCGGCUGGGGUCGACGGUCUUCUGGUGUUCUGGGCCUUCAAGGAGAAGAGGGCCGACGGUGCUGUCGCUGUGGGUUCGGGCGUGUCGCAGCUCGAGCUGGUGCGAGAUACAGAACUCGUCGCAUUGGCGUGUGACGACAUGGUCGUCCGGCUCUACGACCUUGCCACCCGAAAGCUGGUGAGGAGGCUGGAGGGGCACACGAACCACCUCACCGACAUGUGCUUCACCCCGGACGCGAGGCGCUUGGUGACGUCAUCGAUGGAUCACACCAAUAUGGGAUCUCCCCACAGGUCGAACGGUGGAUUGGAUGUCUUUCAAGAAGGCCGUCACAGGGUGACCGUGUCUCCCACCGGAGAGUUCAUGUGCACCAGCCACCACGGGAGGGUGGGGCUCAGCGUCUGGGCGGACCAGAGCUUCUUCCAGCCAGUGUACCUCGACAAGAUCCCGACGGUUCCGUUUAAGAUGGACGAACCUGCACCUCUGGUGGAAGACAGCACUGCUCUGGAGGGAGGCUCCGGACAGUCCAUAACCGCCCUCCACGGCGAGUACCGCCAGGAUAAGAGGGCCUUGAGAGGAGCGAGGGCGUCUCUAGGGGGGGAGAGAGGCGAGGGUUGGCAAGCCGAAGCAGACGCAGACCCCGAAGGCGCGGAGGCCGGCGGAACCAAAGCCAUCACGCUGAGCUCCCUGCCGCGGGGCUACUGGGCAACCCUGUUCAACCUGGAGGUGGUGAAGGCGAGGAACCGGCCGAUAGAGCCGCCCAAGAAGCCGGAGGCGGCCCCGUUUUUCCUGACGACCGUGCACAAGGGGGGGGAGGUGGCGCCGUCGUUUCCGGAAAUGGGUACCCUCGCUGCGGCGGCGGCGGUGGGUAAAGGGAAGUCAAGGGUGGGGGGUGCAGAGGAGGCGGUGUCGGGGGAGGAUGGGGCCGAGGAUGAAGAAGAUGUCCCGCACUUACCAUCGGGCGGCAGGGGAGACGCUUGGUCUGACGACGAUGACGACACCGAGGGCGACGGAGAAGGUGCAGCAGGAACCGCAGCGUCUACGGAGGGUGAGGCCAAGGUCGAAAGGAAGCGGAAGUUGGGUGUAGGCACCGAAGAAGAACCUUCCUCACCGCCCGCGGCGGCUGGUGCUGGUGCUGGUGCUGUCGCCCCGAAGUCGAAGAUUCUCAAGCAGAUCAAGAGCUCCGCGAGGCUUGGCGGCGGCGGCCCUUCGCGCUGCAAGCUCGCCGACCUGCUUCUAGAGAAGCGGAAGUUGGGUGUAGGCACCGAAGAAGAACCUUCCUCACCGCCCGCGGCGGCUGGUGCUGGUGCUGGUGCUGUCGCCCCGAAGUCGAAGAUUCUCAAGCAGAUCAAGAGCUCCGCGAGGCUUGGCGGCGGCGGCCCUUCGCGCUGCAAGCUCGCCGACCUGCUUCUAGACGAACAGGGUAGUCGCGCGGCGGACGGUAUGGACGAGGAGGACGACGAAGAAGAGCAAGAGCAAAGGUGUCAGAAAAAGCACCCGUUUGGCGCUGUCAUGGCGUACCUCAAGACGCUGGAACCGCCCAUGGUUGACGUGGAGAUGAGCCUGCUUUGCCAGGGGGAUUGGGAUGAGGAUGGCGUGCAUCUGAUAGCGCUUGCGGUUCAAUUUCUUCUGGGAGAGCUAAGGUCGAAGAGGAACUUCGAGGUGGUCCAGGCCUACCUGCACCGCUUCCUCAAACACUACGCAGACCUCAUCAUGACUACCCCGGACCUGCGGGAAGCAUCGAAAGCACUUCGGGACGAGCAGGAGGAAAGCUCGAAGAGGAUUAAGCAGCUCGUGCAACAUAGCCUGUGCCUCGUGGGGUACUUGAGCAAUCUGCAAUCGUGACCUCGAUUUGGCUUGAAGGA